AGACCAACUGAUUAGGAUGCAUCUACUCACUGCUAAACGCGCCCUAAGACUAGUAGGUUUUAUUAGAUCAUACUCCAGCCGUUCUUCUAUAGAGUCUUUACAGGCAGCCUUUCGGGACCCUUCUUCUCCCUUUCAUAUCCCGCCGGGAACACAGGGCCCUGCUUCACCUGACCCAUUAUUCGAGGCCAACCCCAUUCUUGAUUCUGUACCAGAAUUGGCUCCGCGAGAGGAAGCUACACAAAAACUACUAGCUUUAGGGUAUGAUCCAUCCUCCCUCUGGGAGCAAAGUAUUGUAUGGGGACAUCACGAUGCUUUUCAACACGUCAACAAUGCUCAAUACGUCCGCUUCUUUGAGUCUGGUCGAAUGGAAUGGAUAAUGUCCAUCGGAAAUGACCUCGGCGGCCCCACAAAGGUUCAAGCUAUGCUGAAAGCCCAGGGAAUCUCCUUCAUUCUGAAAUCCAUCAGUGUCAAUUUCCGCCGGCCCGUGACUUAUCCUGAUACUCUUCUCAUCGCGCACAAGCCGCACUUACUUGACAGCGAAACUUUGGCAACUUCGAAACCAAAACGUGGACCUCCUCUAUCGCACACCCAAUUCAAUCUCCACGGCAUUGCGUAUUCGUACUCACAACGUGCUAUUGUUGCAGAUUCCGACGCUGUGAUUGUCUGGUAUGACUAUGACAAACUGAAGAGAUGUGAUCCUGGAGAAGUAGCGCGCAACGUCAUCUGGAAUCGUAUGAAACAUGCAAGUAUUGACGGAAAGCAGGUCUCAUAGAAGUUUGGUUUCCUUGAUAUCAUUGAUUGUGAUACUUUCUGAGAAACAUCAUGGAAUGAUAUCCUUAGCAGAUAGAUUCCAAUACAUCACUUCGUGGAGGA